UGAACAUUUAAAACCGCUCGUUUGCACAAAAUUGACACAUCAAAGUUAAAGCAAAAUAAAUAAUUAUGUUAUGUGUCGACCAUUUGAGGUGUACCGUUCUCAUUUUUUUGACAAUGAUUUUCUCUGGUAAGUAAUCUUUAUUUACCUACUUGUGCUUAUAGUUGAAUUGAUAUCACACUAAAAACGUUUUCUAAAUUAGCACAAGAAAUAAUGUUGAGAGCAGAAAAUGUGAAUGGACCAUUACAAAACUUAAAUGCAUAUAAUUCAGUUACCUUACUACCAAAUAGAAGUGUUUGCGGACUAUUAUCUGAAGAAGAAAGAAUUUAUGGCGGUGAAAAUACUACUAUUAAUGAAUUUCCGUGGCUCGCGAGAGUAAAAUGUGUGACGGACAGUGGUAGGGAAGUUUAUGCAUGCGCGGGUUCAUUAAUUACUCAAAAUUAUGUCUUAACAGCAGCUCAUUGUCUCGUCAACUUAACAGCAAAAGAAGUAAGACUAGGGGAUUGGAACACAGAAACGGAAACUGAUUGCCAGGGUAGAGUUUGUAGUGAUCCUGUUGUUGACGUCUCAGUAAGCCAGGUAAAGAUUUUCCCAGAAUAUAGGAAAUCUGACCUCUUUAAAGGUGACGUAGCGUUACUGCGACUUCAAAAACCAAUUUAUUAUAGCGAUUUUGUUCGGCCAAUAUGUUUACCUAUAACAGACGAUACCAUCAGACAGGAUAAUUCUUCCGAAAGCGUUUAUUGGACUGCUGGUUGGGGGAAAACUGAAAAAAGCGAUUGUCGCAAUAAAGUGCGAUCAAUUACUGAUGAAACUGCACCAUUUGUUAUUUGCGCUGGUGGUGUGGCUGGCAAAGAUACCUGUGUGGGUGAUUCAGGGGGAUCACUAGUCAAACAAAUGACAAUAAAUGGAACUACAAACUGGUUUCUUGUUGGAGUUACUAGUCAUGGAAACAAGUACUGUGGUAAAGAAGGAAUACCAGGACUCUAUGCUAGAAUAACUCCUCUUCUCCAUUGGAUUCUAAACAACAUAGAGGAUUGA